AUGAGGAGACGUAAUGUCAUGUUGCUUGAAGAGAAUAUUAUUACAUUUGUGAAGAACGAGCUGAAGAUGUUCAAGAGGAUUCUUAGUCCAGAACUCCCAGAAGGCUUUGAGAGUCAGAAGCAGGAUAAGGAAGUGGUGGGUGCUGAAGAUGAGAAGCAGGAGAGAAGUGCCAGAGAGGGGGCUCUGAAGAUCACAUUGCACGUCCUGAGGGAAAUGAACCAGAAGGAGCUUGCUGACACACUGGAGAAAUAUGAGCUUGCUGUGAUUUGCCAACGUGAACUCAAAUCUAAUCUAAAGAAGAAGUUUCAAUGUGUAUUUGAGGGGAUCGCUAAACAAGGAAACCCAACACUUCUCAAUAAGAUCUACACAGAGCUCUACAUCACAGAGGGUGGAACAGGAGAGGUCAAUAAUGAACAUGAGCUGAGACAGAUAGAGACAACAACCAGGAAACAAGCAAGACCAGAGACUCCAAUCAAAUGUAACGACAUCUUCAAACCCUUAACUGGACAAGACCAACGUUUCAGAGCUGUGCUGACAAAGGGAGUCGCUGGCAUUGGAAAAACAGUCUCUGUGCAGAAGUUCAUUCUGGACUGGGCUGAAGGAAAAGCAAAUCAGGAUGUAAAAUUUGUAUUUUCAUUUCCUUUUCGGGAGCUGAAUUUGAUGAAAGGAGACAAACACACUUUCAUUGAACUUCUCAAUCACUUCUCAAUGGAAACCAAACAAUCAAGAAUCUCCAACUAUGACAAGUACAAAGUUCUGUUCAUAUUUGAUGGUCUGGAUGAGUGCCGACUGCCCCUAGACUUCCAGAAUAACAAGAUCUGUUGUGACGUCACAGAGUCAACCUCAGUGGAUGUUCUGCUGACAAAUCUCAUCAAGGGAAAUCUGCUUCCUUCUGCUCUCAUCUGGAUAACUACCCGACCUGCAGCAGCCAAUAUUAUCCCUUCAUGGUGUGUUGACCAGGUGACAGAGGUGCGAGGGUUCAAUGACCCACAGAAGGAGGAGUACUUCAGGAAGAGAUUCAGUGAUGAGGACCUGGCCAACAGAAUCAUCUCACACAUAAAGACAUCAAGGAGCCUCCACAUCAUGUGCCACAUUCCAGUCUUCUGUUGGAUUUCUGCAACAGUCCUUGAACACAUGCUGAAACAUAAGAGAGAAGAGAUGCCCAAGACUCUGACUGAGAUGUACACACACCUUGUGGAGUUUCAUACCAAACAGAAGAAUGAAAAGUAUCUUGGGAAAGAAGAGACAGGUCCACACUGGAAUCAGGAGAGCAUUCUGUCACUGGGAAAACUGGCUUUUCAACAGCUUGUGAAGGGCAAUCUGAUUUUCUAUGAAGAAGACCUGAAAGAGGCUGGCAUUGAUGUCAAUGAAGCCUCAGUGUACUCAGGAUUGUGCACACAGCUCUUUAAAGAGGAAUGUGGGCUGUACCAGAACAAGGUGUACUGCUUCGUGCAUUUGAGCAUUCAGGAGUUUCUGGCUGCUGUAUAUGUGUUCCUCUCAUUCAUCAACAACAAUGAGAAUCUAAUGGCCGAACCGCAAUCAACGACCAUUAACUAUUUUGCGCUGAAGCCUGAAGCUACUGUCUACAAGAGUGCUGUGGAUAAAGCCUUACAAAAUGAGACGGGAAACCUGGACCUUUUCCUCCGCUUCCUUCUGGGCCUCUCACUGGAGUCCAAUCAGAAGCACUUACGAGGUCUACUGACAAAGACAAGAAGCAGCUCACAGAGCCAUGAAGAUACAGUCAAGUACAUCAAGAAGAAGAUCAAGGAGAAUCCCUCUCCAGAGAGGAGCAUCAAUCUGUUCCACUGUCUGAAUGAACUGAAUGACCAUUCUCUAGUGGAGGAGGUCCAAAGCUACCUGAGAUUAGGAGGUCUCUCAGAAGCCAAACUCUUACCUGCACAGUGGUCAGCUCUGGUCUUUGUGUUAUUGACUUCAGAAAAGGAGCUGGAUGUGUUUGACCUGAAGAAAUACUCCAGAUCAGAGGAAGGUCUUCUGAGGCUGCUGCCAGUGGUCAAAGCCUCCAGAGCUGCUCUGCUGUCAGGCUGUGGAGUCACAGAGGAAGGCUGUGCUUCUCUGGUCUCAGCUCUGAGGUCAAACCCCUCACACCUGAGAGAGCUGGAUCUGAGUAACAAUGACCUGAAGGAUUCAGGAGUGAAGCUGCUCUCUGCUGGGCUGGGGAAUCCCCACUGUAAAGAACAUGGUGGAGAGAACACAAUGAAACCUGGGCUUAGAAAAUAUGUCUGUGAUCUCACAUUGGACCUAAACACAGUAAACAGACUCAUCUCUCUGUCUGAGGAGAACAGAAAGGUGACAUGUAGGAGAGAGAAGCAGCCAUAUCCUGAUAACCCAGAGAGAUUUGAGGACUGUGAGCAGGUGCUGUGUAGAGAGGGUCUGACUGGGCGCUGUUACUGGGAGGUAGAGUGGAGUGGGAGAGGGGCUGAUAUUGGAGUGACAUACAAAGGAAUCAGCAGGAGAGGAAGGGGUGAUGACUGUUGUCUUGGAUACAAUGACAAGUCCUGGAGUCUGUUCUGCUAUGACAACAGUUACACUGCCUGGCACAAUAAUAAUCUCACUAUAGUAGACGUCCCCUCCUCCAGCUCCCACAGAGUAGGAGUGUAUCUGGACUGGCCAGCCGGCACUCUGUCCUUCUAUAGAGCCUCCUCUGACACACUGACCCACCUGUACACAUUCUACACCACAUUCACUGAGCCCCUCUAUCCAGGGUUUAGGGUUCAUUAUGAUGAAGACUCCUCAGUGUCACUGUAAAUAAUAACCUGACAGACACACACACACACACACACACUGGACACACAGAAUAGACACAU